AAUAUUGGUUACAGAACAGGGACCAUCCAUCACAUACUGAUAACACACUCCACACCAUCUCUUGUUCGAUUCUAUGCCCUGGUUAUGCACCGCAGUAGCUUUUACUCUUCCACUGAAUAACUUGAAAGGCCAAAAAGAAUCUCGAGGUAUCGAAUUGAAUGAAGUAAACGAGUUCGAGUAUAAAAAGGAGCAUUCUUCGUUGUUGGCGACAUUAGAUGUGCACACGAAAUAGUUGGAGUUAUUGGCAACGGCAGCAUCAGGCGUAGUUAGAGCUUCAGAAACAGCAACAUCGAAGGAUAAGAUGAAAAAGAAAGAAUUGGACUUUGAGCGCAUUGCGAGGCAAGCUCGCGAAUUUCGAGAACAAGAAGAGAAGCGGAUAGCCUCCGAAAAAGAAGACGAGGCGAGGCGAAUUGCUGCCGAGAAAGAGGCGGAACGAGAACGAAUCGCUCAAGCGCACGAGGAGACGUUAUUGAAUGCCGAGCAUAGCAGCAUCGGCUCUUCCCAUUCCUACGAAAGUAGAGCACCAAAGCCGAGUCCUGGAACAGUAAAGCGUCGAACGGAAUGGUUACGAAAUCUAGCCAAAGAUGCCGCUGAGCACCGUCACCUUGAGGAGGAAUUCAAUUCAAUGUUGGUAGCACGACUAAAGCGUCAUCCCAACGAGGCAGCGAAGGAUGCAGAAGCGGCGGUGAAAGCUGCUUUGACCUCAUCUUCACCUCGUGAUGACUUUGACAGAGAUAUAGAAAAACUUCGAGACCAAACAGCACAUAUUGCCAAAGAGGUUGCGAAUGCCGAGCGUAGACUUCGAAAGGGUUCGGAGGAUUUGAUCGAGGAAUUUAAUCAGAUAGAGGCAGAUUUGGAAAUGGAGAUUGCAGAAUAUCAGACGCCUUCCUCUGAUGCCAAUUCAAGUGAUCUGGAUAUAGAAGGCCACGAGGUGAAUGGUGUAAAACCCAGAGAUUUAAUGGAAGAAUAUAGUCACUCCGACGCACCAGAUUUGACAACAGUCGAAUCAAUGACAAUGGAGACUAUUGAAGAAAAUAUAGAUGCACCUGAGGGAAAUCUGGAACCACAAGGUGAUUCGGAUAUUGAAAAACUCGAAACAUCGCCGGGGCAACAAAUACAUUCAGGAGGUCCUGAAUACGGAGCAGAAGCUGAUCCAGCGCAUACCACAGCAAAGACUGUUUCUGUCGUGUCGAAGUCGAUCAUAGCUGAGCCAUCGACAAUGGAGACUACAGAAGAAAACGUGGAUGCACCUGAGGAAAUUCUAGAACCACAACGUGAUGAGGAUGCCAGAGAAAUCCAACCAUUGCCUAAAAAGAAGUCGUAUUCGAACAAUCUUGAAUUUGGAGCCGAAGCUGAUCCAACAGAUAUCACAGAUGGUACGUUCCCCAUCGCAUCAAAGUCGACCAUUGCUGAAUCAACAUCAAUAGAGACUUUAGAAGAAAAUUUUGAUGUGCCAGAAGCCAAUUCAGAACUACAGGACGGUAUGGGUGUUGGAAUAAUCCAAAUGUUGCCCAAACAACAAAUGCAUUCGGAUGGUCUUGAAUACGGAGCACAAGCUGAUCCAAGAACGCAGGCGCUGCUAGCUGAAGACGAUUUGGUACCCACGGGAAAAAAAUAUCAUGCAGACGAGAAUUUAAGGAUUAAGGACAGAAACAAGAAGAGUAUAGUUCUGGAUGGUUCGAUUCCAGUUGAUCGGAAAAUAUUUCGAAGAAACAAAAGUUCUUCAAAAAAUUACGAGGAUGAGGACGGGGAAUUUGGUUCUGAAUUUGUUCACAAGGAGGCUACUUUCGAACUUCCAAUGGAACUUACAGAGAAUGGGCUGAAGUUGUCAUCGAACACAGCAGAAGUGAAUAUGAUCACUACUAUCCCACCUUCGCGGCUUGAUGGCCGAAUCAGUGGCAUUCUGGAGGGUAGAUCGACCUUGGGACCUCAUUCAAAUACAGCAUCAGGGUCGUUAGCUUUGGAGUACAAGUCUUCGAAACAAAGUCGUCUCACUCUUGGAAUGAUCCGAGGAUGCGAACCCCAUCAUCCCUUAAUAACAAUUGGAGGCCGGUUACUUCGUCAAGGCACCAGCGUCGGUGUAAUCUUUUACCACAAUGCACAAUUUUUGCAUCAAAUGUUGCUUGAACACUCCCUAUGGGCCAUCUCCUUUCGUCACUCCUUUCCUAAUUCAAGAUGGACUCUUUCGUCACAGCUCUCACGACGGAAAGACCUUUCCUUGUCCUUAGUCAAUGGAAACAAACUCUCUGGUUUGAUUGGCUGGAAUCUACUCAAACCAAAGCAGUUUCACGCUCGGUUUGAUGCCCGCCCCAAGCUUACAGAGUAUCGAAGAGCGCACCUUUACUGCCAGUGGAAAGCAUCGCCUGGGCCUGGUCUCUGGAAUGUUGGAUUAUCUCUCGUUCAGUCACUCCAUUCGCAGAUCGCAACUGUUGGUCUGGGAUGCCGUUUGUUCUCCACAAAGGGACUCGAGUGGGUCAUUUCGUGGUCUCGGGGAAAUUCCACUAUCAGUAUACCAAUCCUCUUAUCAAAAAGCAUGGCACCAAGUACAACCAUUGGCCAAACAUUUUACUUUUCGCUCAUUUCUUUCAUGAUGCAAGAAUAUAUUGCAGAAACCUGGGGAUGGAUCGGAAACGACAGCGAAGACGACGAAGAUUGCAAGGUAGAAGAUGCAUCGAUAGCGCUUCGAGCUCAAAAUCUGGCCAAGGCUCGGCAAGAUGCGGUCAUCCAAAAGGAGCUCAUGGCUAGACAAGCUCGUCGAAAGACUAAGGAAGAAAAGGAAAAAGAUGGAUUGAUUAUAAUUGAUGCCAUCUACAAAGUCGAGAACGGAGAGGAAUGGAGUGUUACCGUGCCGUUACAGUUUUGGGUGACGAAUUCCACUCUCACGCUACCGGCAAGACCAAAGAGCGAACUCUUGGGGUUUUAUGAUGUUGCAGCCCCACUCAAAAACAGCAGAGUGUCGUCCAUCGCGGGGAAUCAAACCAGUACCACGUCGAGUAGUUCUGGGCGUUGCUUUCCGACUUUAAGUGAGCUGUGGCACGAUCUUCUUGACCGGACACCAGAGGAUUCGCAGUCAAAGAAGUCUGAAAUCAGUUCUCCAACGUUAACUGUGAGUUAUGAGUUCAGAGGCAAACCGCACGUCGUAACGAUCAAAGAUCGAGACGAACUAAGGCUACCACAAGUCUAAUUUGAGAAUGUAGAUAAAAUCAGAGAAGAAUGAAUAAAUUCGUUCCAAAAAGCUAAAUUAGAAAUAAAGAACGCGCACGAUA